CGGCGCAAGCGCACCGCGUCCUCCUCGAGGUCAAGUACAGGCGCGCUUACACCUCCUCGGUGGGCUGUCGGCUUGUGUGGGAGUUCGGCUCGUGCUCGAGAUAUGGCGACAGCGGGGCAGGUUAUUAAAUGUAAGGCAGCAGUUGCCUGGGAAGCAGGAAAGCCGCUGACUAUUGAGGAGGUGGAAGUCGCCCCACCAAAGGCUCAUGAAGUUCGCAUCAAGCUUGUUGCGACUGGAGUCUGUCACACCGACGCAUACACGCUCAGUGGAGCCGACCCAGAAGGAAUUUUCCCUGUCAUUCUGGGACAUGAAGGAGCUGGGAUUGUGGAGAGUGUCGGUGAGGGAGUCACCCGGUUCAAGCCAGGGGACAAAGUUAUCCCACUUUAUAUACCACAGUGUGGAGAAUGCAAAUUCUGCAAAAAUCCGAAAACUAAUCUUUGCCAGAAGAUCAGGGUGACACAGGGCCAAGGUCUGAUGCCAGAUAAAACGUCCAGAUUCUCAUGUAAAGGAAAGCAGAUCUACCACUUCAUGGGAACCAGUACUUUCUCCGAGUACACUGUUGUAGCCGAGAUCUCUGUUGCCAAAGUGGAUGAUUCAGCCCCCCUUGAUAAGGUUUGCCUGCUGGGAUGUGGUAUUUCCACUGGAUAUGGAGCGGCCCUCAAUACUGCAAAGGUUGAACCAGGAUCCAUCUGCGCUGUGUUUGGUCUUGGGGCUGUGGGGCUGGCUGCAAUUAUGGGAUGUAAGGUAGCUGGAGCUGAGCGCAUUAUCGGUAUUGACAUCAACCCAACUAAAUUUGCCAAGGCAAAAGAGUUUGGAGCUACUGAAUGCAUCAACCCCCAGGAUUACAGCAAACCCAUCCAGGAGGCGCUUGUUGACCUGACAGACGGCGGGGUGGACUAUUCCUUUGAGUGCAUCGGCAAUGUCAGCAUUAUGAGAGCUGCCCUUGAAGCUUGUCACAAAGGCUGGGGAACAAGUGUCAUCAUUGGAGUCGCUGCCUCUGGACAGGAGAUCACCACCAGGCCUUUUCAGCUGGUUACCGGUCGUACCUGGAAGGGAACUGCUUUUGGAGGGUGGAAGAGCGUAGACAGUGUGCCAAAGCUGGUGAUGGACUACAUGGCCAAGAAGAUCAAAGUGGACGAGUUCAUUACUCACACGCUUCCUUUCAGCCAUGUGAAUGAGGGGUUUGAGCUGAUGCAUGCUGGGAAAAGCAUUCGAGCAGUUCUGACAUUCUGAGGAGCCCAGUCUGCCCAGUUCACAGGUGACCGUCCCCGCCCCGCCGUUACUAAUCAACACAUUUCAGCAACGGGUAGAUUUGAGAGGUUUUGCUUCUUAAUCAUUUCAAAUUUCCAAUAAAGCACUUGGGUUCAAAGUUAA